AUGGCGAGAAUCUGGGACGGAUUUUACGAUUUCAUUUGGGACGAACAAUUUUGGCUGGGAGAUAAUGCGAGAUGGGAUGAAUUUAACAGUUCUGAUUCAUCAGUUUAUUACCCUGAAAUAAGUCACAUGAACUGGUCUCUUGUCGUUGGUGCUGUGUUAGUAUUCGUCAGAUAUCUUUAUGAAAGGCUACUGGUCAAGCCGUUCGCCGAUUGGUUAGGACUCAAAGAAAGAAAGUCUAUUCGUUUAAAAGAGUCACCUCAGUUGGAGGCAGCAUUUAAAACAUAUAAAAACAAAGUUCCACACAAUGAAAUUUUGAAACUAGUAAAGCAAACAGAUUUGACUGAAAGACAAAUUCAAAGAUGGUUUUUCAAGCGAAAUAUUUUACAAAUGCCUUCUAUGAUGGCCAAAUUUAAAGAAUGCAGUUGGCAUGCAUUGUUUUAUACAACUUCUUUUUGUUAUGGAAUGUAUGCUCUCUGGGAUAAACCUUGGUUGUGGGUCACUGUAAACUGUUGGGUUGGCUGGCCAAAACAGCACAUUGACAACGACAUAUUUACGCUGUAUAUAGUAGAGCUUGGUUUUUAUUGGAGUUUACUCUUUGCCAUAUUCUUUCAAGGGGAUUGUCAGAAAAAGGAUAAAAAAGAGAUGGUCGUCCACCACCUUGUGACUAUCUUGCUUAUAUAUUUUUCAUGGGCAUGUAACUUUGUCCGUGUUGGCAGUCUAGUCCUUGUGGUACAUGAUUUUGCUGAUCCAUGGCUAAAUAUUGCAAAAAUGGCCAAAUAUGUAAAAUAUCAAACAACAUGUGAAAUAUGUUUUGGAAUGUUUAUUUUAACUUGGAUUGUCUCUAGAAUUUUUGUUUAUCCAUUCUGGGUAUUAUAUACCUCGGCUGUUGAAGUUCAUGAUUAUGUUAUUACAUUUCCUGCAUACUGGUUCUUUAAUGGACUUCUAUUUGUGCUACAAUUACUGCAUAUUAUGUGGACCUACAUAUUACUUAAUAUUGCAUUUCAAAAGCUUACACAUGGAUCAAUUGAGAAAGACAUCAGGAGUGAGUCAGACAGUGAAAUCAGUGACUCGACCACAGAGGAAACCAAUCCAAACAAUAAAGCAGCAGUAGACAGCAUUGUUUCACAGAGAAGAAAGCAGCCUUCAAUCAAGUCGUAUUUUCUGAUCAAUCCAUUAGCUCACUGGUUGGGACUCAAAGAAAGAAAGUCUAUUAGUUUAAAAGAGUCACCUCAAUUAGAGGCAGCAUUUAAAACAUAUAAAAAUAAUGUUCCACAUGAUGAAAUUUUGAAACUUGUAAAGCAAACAGAUAUGACAGAAAGACAAAUUCAAAGAUGGUUUUUCAAAAGAAAUAUAUUACAGAUGCCUUCAUCCAUGUACAAAUUUAGAGAAUGCAGUUGGCAAGUAUUAUUUUAUUCGACAUCUUCUUGUUACGGAAUGUAUGCCCUAUGGGAUAAACCUUGGUUGUGGGUGACGGUGAAUUGUUGGAUUGGCUGGCCAAAACAGCACAUUGAUAACGAAAUAUUUAUCCUGUACUUGGUAGAACUGGGCUUCUAUUGGAGUUUACUUUUUGCCAUAUUUUUUCAAAGAGAUUAUCAGAAAAAGGAUAAAAAAGAGAUGGUGGUCCAUCACCUUAUGACUAUAUUGCUGAUAUAUUUUUCAUGGGCAUGUAACUUCGUUCGUGGUGGCAGUCUAGUCCUUAUGGUACAUGAUUUUGCUGAUCCAUGGAUGAAUCUUGCAAAAAUGGCCAAGUACACUAAAUAUCAAACAGCGUGUGAAAUCUUUUUUGGUAUUUUCAUCGCUUCUUGGAUUGUCUCUAGAAUUUUUGUUUAUCCAUUCUGGGUGUUAUACAUGUCCGCUGUUGAAAUUCAUGACUACGUGACUACAUUUCCUGCCUAUUGGUUCUUCAAUGGACUUCUAUUUGUUCUACAAUUACUGCAUAUCAUGUGGACGUAUCUAAUUCUUAAUAUUGCUUUUCAAAAGCUUACACAUGGUUCUAUCAAGAAAGACGUCAGGAGUGAGUCAGACAGUGAAAUCAGUGACUCGACCACAGAGGAAACCACAAAUAACAACAAAGCAGCCGCAAUCUACGGGGUUUCACGGAAAGUAACGCAACAUUCAAACAAAUCCUAGAACCUCUAUAA